UGAUUUGACCGUUCAUUGGACGGGAGCUGUAAUUGGAUGAAUACCACAUUUCAGUCGACCAUCUGCGAGAGUUUCGAUACAUCGAGUUAUUUUGCUGUCGUAUCGCUUUUGGCUUCUCCUUUCUGCGACGGAAACACAGCACACUAGACUGUCAAUAUGACCAAUUCAAAGGGUUAUCGUCGUGGUACGAGGGACUUAUUUUCUCGCAAAUUCCGGAAACAUGGAACAAUUCCAUUGUCGACGUACAUGAAAGUGUACAAAGUUGGGGACAUCGUAGACGUGAAAGGUAAUGGGGCCGUGCAGAAGGGUAUGCCGUACAAGGUUUAUCACGGAAAGACUGGACGCGUGUUCAACGUAACUCCACAUGCUCUUGGAGUCAUCGUCAACAAGCGGGUGCGUGGGCGCAUCAUUGCCAAACGCAUCAACCUCCGCAUCGAACAUGUCACUCAUUCCAAGUGCCGUGAGGAUUUCCUCAAGCGUGUAAAGGAAAAUGAAAGGCUGAGGAAAGAAGCAAAGGACAAGAACGUCCAAGUCCAGCUUAAGAGACAGCCUGCCCAGCCAUCUGCUGCCCACAUUGUCUCUGGCCGUGAAGCACCUAUCUUACUCGCUCCGAUCCCCUAUGAAUUUAUAGCUUAAAAAGUAAUAAACAUCUUGAUAUGACAUUGAA